UUCUUUCUGUAAUUAAUUAAUUAAUUGAUUAAUUAAUUACCUUUUUUUUUAUUAAUUUCCUGUAUUGAUUGGCGUUUGGAGGAGUUUGUCAAUGGCUCAUUUGGGUGAAAUACGAGGCCCGGGCCGCUCCAGAUCCAGGAGUGCUGCUGUCUCUCAGACGGAUGAUCAGGAGGUUGAGAGACGUGGCUCUGGUGACGGCGCUCAGGAACCGCUGCCAAACCCAAACCAGCCGCUGAGCCAAGAGCUGCCUGGACACAUCGCACCUCUGCCUUCAGAGUUGGCCGUUUCUGUGUCCACAGAUCAGCCUCACAGGAAGAGGAAGUGGCAGAGUGGCAGCCAGGAGGAUGAGCAUCCGUCUCCUUCAUACAGAAGAGCUGCCAAACGCUCCCGAAGAGAAGCGUAUGUGAAGGGCCCAUUGCUGGGGCGAGGAGGAUUCGGCUCUGUGUAUGCUGGGACCCGCAGGUCUGAUGGACUGCCAGUUGCCAUCAAGUACGUCUCUAAACGAGGAACACAGAGACUGAGAGUUGAAGGUCAGGGUCGACUGCCGCUGGAGGUUGCGUUGAUGACCCUUGUCAAUUCGGCUCCUGCCUGCCCCAACGUCCUGACGCUGCUGGAGUGGUUUGACCGUCCCAGACGCUACACCAUGAUCCUGGAGCGCCCGCUUCCUUGCCAAGAUCUGGAGAGUUUCUGUGAGGAGAACGGACGCCUGGAGGAGAGUCUGGCCAAGAAAGUGCUGCUGCAGCUGAUCACGGCGCUGAAACACUGCGAGAGCCGUGGAGUCCUGCACCGGGACGUCAAACCAGAGAACCUGCUGAUCUCCACAGACUCACAUGACAUCAAGCUGCUGGACUUCGGCUGUGGAGAUCUGCUAAAAGACUCGGCCUACAAACACUUUGCAGGUUGGUUUGAUCUCCCUGCAGUGAUCUGUGUUUGUUUGUGGACUUUUGAUGAUCGAGCGAUGGGAAUCUGUUUGGACUGGGGUCUCUUCAGAUGA